UCCGUGCCCCAGUCCGCGCCCUGCAGCCCUGCGCCUCGGUGCUGCCCUCUCCGCGCCCUGCUUUGCCAGCUAUGGCUCCCGGCGCCGUGCGCCCCGCGCUGCCCGCGCUCCUGGCCUUGCUCGGGGUUCUGCUCCCAGGGCCUGGCAAUGCCCAAACGUCAGUGCACCCCUCAGCAGCCACCCUGCCCCGCGGAGGCUCGGUGCUGGUUAACUGCAGUGCCGCCUGUGAGCGCCCCUCCACCUUUGGCCUGGAGACCACGCUGACCAAGAGGGAGGUAGCCAGUGGAAGCAACUGGAAGGUCAUUGAACUGAGUGACGUGGACGAAAACAGCGUCGUCUUCUGCUUCUCAACUUGCAACAGGGUGCAGAGCAUGGCUCGCACCAACCUCACCGUAUACUGGCUCCCGGAGCGCGUGGAGCUGGUGUCCCUGCCCCCCUGGCAGCCCGUCGGGGAGACCCUCACCCUGCGCUGCGUGGUGGCGGGCGGCGCGCCCCGGCAACACCUGUCCGUGGCGCUGCUCCGCGGGGAGGAGGAGCUGAGCCGGCAGCCGGCCGUCGGGGAGCCCGCCGAGGUCACGGCCACGGUGCUGGCGCGCAGGGAGGACCACGGCGCCAACUUCUCGUGCCGCGCGGAGCUGGACCUGCGUCCCCAAGGGCUGGGGCUGUUCCGCAACACCUCCGCCCCCAGGCAGCUCCGAACCUUCGUUCUGCCAAUGGCCGCCCCGAAAGUCGAUGCCCCCCGGAUCUUGGAGGUGGGCACAUCGAGGACAGUGAGCUGCGCCCUGGAAGGGCUGUUCCCGGUGGAGGAGGCCUCUGUCCAUCUGGCUCUAGGAGACCAGAGGCCGGAUUUGACCAUCCGGCGCACCGAGGACGCGCUCUCGGCCACGGCCAAUGUCACGGCCGAGCCGGAGGCGGAGGGCACGCAGCAGCUGACGUGCACAGUGUUCUUGGGAGAUGAGAGGCGGGACAAGCGGGAGAACCUGACCAUCUACAGCUUCCCGGCGCCAAACUUGACUUUGAGCGAGCCAGAGGUCUCGGAAGGGACCGAAGUGAGCGUGGUGUGCGAGACCCAGGCCGCAGCCCUGGUGACGCUGAGCGGCGCCCCGGCUCUGAUGGGGUCCCCAGCCCGGAGGGCCCAGUUGGUGCUGAACGCCACCGCCGAGGACAACGGACGCGACUUCUCCUGCUCUGCUGCCCUGGAGGUGGCCGGGCAGCUGCUGCGCAAGAACGACACCCGGAGGCUCCAGGUUCUGUAUGGCCCCCGUCUAAACGAGGAGGACUGCCCGAGAAACUGGACGUGGCAAGAAGGCUCCCAGCAGAUCCUGAGGUGCCAGGCCUGGGGGAACCCACUCCCCCAGCUGGCAUGUCACCGGAAAGGGGACGGGGCCUCGCUGCCCAUCGGAGAGCUGAGGCCCGUCAACCGGGAGCUGGCUGGUGUCUACACGUGUCAUGCUGUCAGCCCUCGCGGAGAGGUCUCCUGCCAAGUGGUGGUGACUGUGAUCCAGCACCAGGGAAACUUGGUCAUCAUUAUUCUGGUGGCCACUGCACUGGUUCUGGGCACUUUUGGAACGGCCGCCUAUUGCUAUAACCGCCAGCGGAAGAUCAGGAUAUACAAGCUCCAGAAGGCCCAGGAGGCAACUCCCAUGAAGGAGAACAGUCCAGCAACACCACCCUGAGCCCAUCCAGGACAGGGCACCGUCUUUGUCCCCACCCUCACCUCCCACGGUGGCAGCGGUGCCCCAUUGGACAGAGUGCUGGAUACCCGCCGGUUCGGCUAUACCUACCUCCCUGGGGGCGCCAGAGAUUGGGACAGUGUUCUCAGUCAGGACACAGAGUUUGGGUGUCAUUGGACCUACACACCCAGGCCUCACAGGUGACACGAAGCUGCAGGACUGAGCCAAGACGCAAGCAAUGAUGGCGGAGGAUGCCAAAGACAGAUUGCCCUUGCAGCGGGGUGAUCAGAGACACAUAACCCACCCCAUGGGGAAACACUGAAACCCACUCCCCACCACGGGGAUGGAGUCCCCACCUGCCCACAGGACCAAGAGGCAGCAACGAAACACAACCCCCCACACGUCCUCUGACAGACACCAGCUCCGGCGCUGCUGUCCGCUGACCGUCCCCUACUCUCGAGUACAACGGACUUACUCAUUUGCCCUUCCCCCCAGCUAUUUAUUGGGUGCCUUUGACAUGGGCUAGAAUGGUGGGCAUGAUGAACAAGGUUCCUGCCCUCAGGGCCGCCAGGUACAGUUGUACUGGUUGUGCACUGUGCGAGGGUGCCUGGCAAAAAGACCAGGCAGGGCUGGAGUUUCUCACUCCACUGGCCAAGCUGCUUUCCCUCAGAUGGGGAGCCUUUUUCUAUCUGGUACAAAGGCACUGUCUGGAUUGGCAGUGUGGCACACACCGGGAUGCUCCCCGAAGCCCGUACCCCCCACACUGAUGCUGCCCUCUGUUAACCACCUCCCCACCCACCCACAUCCCCACCGGUGCUCAUGAUGACACUCGGUGGCCAUGCCUGAAAGUGGGUGUCCGCUCCACUCCUUGAGAGCUAAACCCGGGAGUCCCGUGAAGUGACACCCAACUGUUGUGAGCCCUGCCGUGUGCUCUUUGUGGCAUCUCAGCAGGACUGUGCAAGAACACAAAUUCUGCAGGUGGAUCAAGGCCCAGCAGGCAGUGGGGUGGGUGGGUGGGGCACAGGGGACAAGGCCUCAGAGGACCCUCCCCAGCUCUGGAAAUUU